AUGGAGGGGAAGAUGAACGGCGGCGUUGCGGGGUCGAUCAUGAGGCAGCUGAGCGGGAAGGAAGAGUGGGGUUACGGCGGCGGCCGGGGUUCGAGGAGGUGGGGAAGGGGAGGCUAUGGAGAUCGGAGCCUGAAGCACCUGGAAGGGGUGCACCGCCACAUCGGCGACGCCGGUGGCGGGAUGGUGCUGAAGAAGAGGGUGAUGGUGGUCGUCGACCACACCACUAGGGCCAAGCACGCCAUGAUGUGGGCUCUCACCCACGUCGCCAACAAGGGCGAUGUCCUCACCCUCCUCCACAUUGUCUCCCCCCACAACGACUCCCACUCCCCCCCUCUCCUCGCCGACUCCCUCGGUGCCCUCUGCAAGGCCUGCAAACCAGAGGUACAUGUUCCUCCCUCCCUCCCUCCCUUCAUCUCUCUCUCUCUCUUCUCUCGCUACAUCUUCUUUUCCUUCUUCUCACUCUUGCUGGGUCAGGUGGAAGUGGAGGCGCUGGUAAUCCAGGGGCCUAAGCUGGCGACCGUUCUCAGCCAGGUGAAGAAACUGGAGGCCUCCGUCCUGGUGCUCGGCCAGGGCAAGCCCUCGGCCUUCUGCUGGUAAGCUGAGCCUCCGCUCCUCCGCCGCCGUGCCUCCCUAAUUCUGCGCUGUCUGAUCUCCCCGCCACCCCGCCGCCGCAGCCUGUUCGCAAGCAGCCAGGAGGACUUCGUGGAGCAGUGCAUCAACAGAGCGGACUGCCUCACCCUGGCCGUGAGGAAGCAGAGCGGCGGCCUCGGCGGCUACCUGGUGAGCACCCGGUGGCAGAAGAACUUCUGGCUCCUGGCCUAG